AUGGGCUUAAAUAUACAUUUGAAGUUGAAUGUGUUAAAAACAAAAUUUUAUUUUAUAAUACAAUUAACGCAUGCAAUAGAUAUUAUCUCCUGUCUCGCAGAUGCCCUUGAAAGAGAUUCCAAGGAAACAAAACUGUUCCCUAACAACAUUUGCAUCAAACUGGAACACCACGCCGCAAGAGCAAAAAAUGCUUUGAAGGAGAUUCAAGGAGUUUUGGGUGAGAGAGAACCAUCAGGAUGCAAUAUUUUAUGCAGCCCAUUUAACGGAAGUGAAAAAAAAUCAAAUAUUGUUGAAUCAGAGGAGGACUUGCGGCGUGAGAGGAAUAAUAAAGCAAUUGCUGAGUCAGUGAGGAAGCUUGAGUCACAAAUUGCCCAACUCAAAGACCUACUUAACUGA